CUUAGCCUUGAACUUGGCCGGAGCAUUUGGGUCCUCCCGCGCCGCCCGCUGUACAACUGAAUAGAUCUAAGAGUCAUCCCUCCCUCUGACGCAUCUGUUAUUGCAGUCAUAUCAAAUAGUCUGCGCCAUGAGCCACCACAACAUAACUUCAUUCUAUGACGAGACACGAGCAUCCAUUAUACAUGCAACUACGAAACAGCUCGUUUCAAUACCUUUAUCCUUUGCCAGUAAUACAAGUCUCUAUAAGCGGUAGCGAAACAGCUCCCUAAAACUUCAUUACCUCUCCCAGUAUGUCGCUACAUUCAGGCGUACAACAGACCAUUCUCCCUGAACCAGGGGAACGCAAUAUCCUCAUUACGAGUGCAUUGCCGUACGUCAACAAUGUGCCUCACCUGGGCAAUAUCAUAGGGUCAGUGUUGUCUGCGGACGUCUUUGCCCGUUACUGCAGAGGCCGUGGACUCAGAACGCUCUACGUUUGUGGCACUGAUGAAUAUGGAACGACGGCGGAAGUGAAAGCCCUUGCAGAGAAUUGCACACCGAAAGAGCUCUGCGAUCGAUAUUUCGCUAUCCACGCCGACAUCUACCGCUGGUUCAACAUCAGCUUCGAUAUCUUCGGACGUACAACGCAUGAGCUACAUAGUCAAACUACCCAAGAUGUCUUCUUAAAGUUGCAGAACAAUGGGUUCCUCGAGGAACGCUGGACAAAUCAACUGUAUUGCCAACAACAUCUCUCCUUUCUAGCGGAUCGCUUUGUUGAGGGUGAAUGCAAUGCUUGUAGCUACCCAGAUGCUCGAGGAGACCAGUGCGAUGGAUGCGGGAAGAUUUUAGACACUCUUGAUCUCAAAAAUCCUCGAUGCAAAGUUGAUGGCUCUACACCAGUCGUACAGGAAACUAAACACAUGUUUCUAAGGUUAGACAAGCUGCAACCUAAAAUCGAUGCUUUCUAUCGCCAGUCCGCCAAGAAAGGCGCGUGGUCCGAAAAUGGCAAGCGUAUCACCGAAGCCUGGUUGAAAGAGGGCCUUAUUCCACGGAGUAUUACUCGCGAUCUAAAAUGGGGUAUAGCGGUACCUAUCGCGCAAUACGAAGAUAAGGUCAUCUACUCAUGGUUUGACGCUUGUAUCGGAUAUAUCUCUAUCACGGCACAGUAUACACCUGAAUGGAGGCGCUGGUGGCAUAGCCCGGACGAUGUGCAACUCUAUCAAUUUCUUGGUAAAGAUAACGUCUCAUAUCAUUCGGUAAUCUUUCCAGGCUCGCAGCUUGGAUCACAGGACGAUUGGACGAAGCUCCACCACCUUUCAAGUACUGAGUAUCUCACAUACGAGGGUGGUAAGUUUUCAAAAUCCCGCGGCAUAGGCGUGUUUGGGGACACGGCUAGGAACACUGGUAUUCCUGCUGAUAUCUGGCGCUUCUAUCUACUCGCUCAUCGUCCAGAGAGCGGGGACAGCGAAUUCAAUUGGGAUGCGUUGAUUAGUGGUAAUAACAACUUGCUGCUCAAAAACCUCGGAAACUUCAUCAAUCGUGUGCUCAAAUUCUUAAACGGGUCGCAUUAUGAGGGUGUCGUCCCCGAGUACACUUCGCACAAAGAGGCAUCCCUUGACGUUUUAGAGGAAGAUAUCAAUGCUCUCCUGACACAGUACAUUCAAGAGUUAGACGGAGUCAAGCUGCGCGCCGCCCUCAACACUAUCCUCCGCAUCUCACAGCGCGGUAAUGUUUUCCUUCAAUCCGAAGGUCUAGACAACAAGCUGGCCAUGAGCCAGCCAUUAAAAUGUGCAGCUAUUAUCGGGUACGCCGUAAACCUUGCACACCUCAUUGCGGCGCUUCUGGCUCCGUAUAUGCCGGAUACUGCACAAUCAAUACAGAAUCAACUUAAGACAAAGCCAGAUCUCAUACCUGAUGUCUGGGAUACCAAGGCAGUUUCACCCGGACAUACGGUGGGCACUGCGGCUCUUCUCUUUCGACGACUUGAUCCUACGAAAGCAUCGCAAUGGAGAGAUACGUUUGGAAAACAGGGACUCAAAAAAGACGGGCCUAAGAAAGAGAAAUCCCAAAAGGGCGGACGAUCCAAAGCGGAUGGUAUACCCAUAGAGAAAGCGUGCCUUGCAGAGUAGAUAACUGUUAUUAGUGGCUGAUUGAAAUGUUUAUCAAUCUAUUCGAAGAAUACAAAGCUCAUCUUACUUUUAAUUGUUGAAGUAGUAUAUAAUUAUGAGUGU